UUUUUGUUUAGAAAGCAGAGAUUAAACGCAUGCGAUUCAAAAAGAGUAAAACAUCGAUAUUUUGAUUAUAGUUAUUGUAAUUUAUUUAACAACGAUUUAAUAAAUAUUCAAGCAAAAUAAAGAGUAAAGUGAAGUAAAUAACCAUGGGUAAGAAAAAGGACAAAUCAGCAGAAGCUCAGCUAAUUGAAGAAAGCGAUGAUCAACCCAAAGUCAAAUCGAAAAAGGAAAAACGUAAGUCUACAUCGGAUUUGGUAAACAGCAGCCCGCCGGAUGAUGAGCCGUCCGCUAAGCAACCCAAACUUGACAAACCUUCCGUUAUCACGGCUGGCACGACGAUUGAUCAGGCGCUGCUCGUGAACCCGGCCCUGAAACUGAACAAGAAAACCAAACGGGCUAAAAAGCGAGAAAAACAUGCCAAAAACGUGGACGAUCGCAAGCAGAAAGCCAUAGAUCGUGAGAAGGAAGAAUGCCGCCAAUACUUGCUAACCUGGAACGAUCAGCGGGAAAAGUGGAAGUUUCAAAAGCUGAAACAGAUCUACAUCCAGGAACACGUGUUCAAUGAAGAGCACUUGGACGGGGACAUUUGGCCGGUGGUGCUGGAGUAUCUCUCGGGCAUGAAGGGUUCUGGGAGGGAUGGAUUGGCGAAACGGGCCGAAGAAGCAAUAAAGGAGCUGGACGAAAAGGUUAAGGAUAGUGGCGAUGAUACGUUACAGGAAGGAAGCCGGUAUCAGCGGGCGAGGGAACUACUUCAGUACUUGGGAUAAAUGCGCGGGUAUUCAUCAAUAAAAUGGUUUUAUAAAGAAAGAUAAAUGAGAAUGGUAAGUAUCCGAACAAAAGCCUAAAGAGAUUUUUUUAAUUGCAUAUUGGGGAUUAUUACUUUCGGUCAAGGAUAUAAAAUAAUUUACUACAA